AUGAGCAACUCCUCAACCACGCGUCUGCCAACUUAUUUCAUCGGUCAUGGUGGUGUCAGUAUUAUGUUUAAGCCCGAGCACGAAGCCGUCAGACAAGGCUUGCGUGAACUUGGAAAAGAAAUCAAAGCCCUGAAACCAGAAGCAAUUGUUCUGACUUGUGGCGAGUUCGAAGGUGAAAGUGAUGCUAUUCAAGUAAAUUUCAAAGAGCCAACCAAGGUGUGGCAUGAUCUUGGCCCUUCGUGGAGGAAGACAUUUCCCCAUGUAUUUGAAUACCAGUACGCUCAUAAAUCCUCCCGCGCAUUGGCCGAGAAGGUAUUCAACCACCUCCAAAGCCAAGGCGUGAAGGUAGAGAGUACCGAGAGAGAUCUGGACCACGGCGUAUGGGUUCCCUUCAAACUUAUGUUCCCAGAAGGAGAAGACGAACUGGACGUUCCAAUCUUACAGAUUUCAACAUAUGCGGGUGACGAUCUCAACGCUCAUGUUGAACUGGGAAAAGCUCUCUCAACUCUUGGAGAUCGUAUUUUGCUGAUAGGCUCUGGAAUGUUAUGUCACAACCUCCCGGCCACCCGACAGGGCACCAGUGAUACCAGUAUUGCCCUCGCUUUGGAAGCCGCUGCUAAGAAUGCCCUGGAUGCGCCGACGCCUCGAGAACGGACUGCCAGGUUCUUGGAUUUCCAGAGUCGAUCUGAUUGGAUUGAUGCUCACCCGACCGCUGAACACGUCUUACCUUUAUAUAUGACACUGGGAGCUGGACACGACCUUGAGGGUUAUGAGGUAUGGAACGAAGACAAAUGCAUCAUCGGGCAGUCAUACUAUACAUUUAGGCUAGGUGCCCUUCCCAGGGCUUGA